AUUUUCUUUUUGCUCUUCUUUUUCUGGUCCCUUUUUGUUCCGGUGUAGUGUGUGCUUUUGUGUGUGAGUUCGUGGGUGAAGCAGGAAAAAAUUGGAUUUUUGGGAAAUGGACAAUGGUCUAAGAAUUUUGACAACGACAGACAGGGGUUUUAUGUGGUAUAAGAACAAGGGGUAGAGGUUUUAGAGCUUCAAAACUUGGCCCUCUGUCUGAAAAACAUCAACAUCUUGUAAGAAAUGAUGCUUGAUUUGAUCGGGCACUGCUCUUGGCUUUACCAGAACAUCACGAGCCUUCCAGUGGUCCAGCCAGCUCCAUGCCCAUUAAGUUUUAACAGACUCGAGAAAAUGGGCCAUUUUGGUAAUGUUGUGCACAUGUACAGACAAAUAUACCCACUGGGCACUGAAAUGUCAUAUAUGACUUCUUUGUGAAUGGUGAUAGGAAGAUGAAAAGGCCUCAUAAUUGGUAGCUUUUUUUAUUUGGUUUUUGAAGAUUUUGAGUAUUUGGAUCUGACCUUUUUGAUCCUAUAUUCAUUAGGUUCCAAGAUGGAAUAGGAUUUUGGAGAAUUAUGGAAGCAUUUUGGCGUACAUUUGUCCUGAAUUGACAGUCAUGAGGAGGAAUUCUGAGUCUUUCAGAAACUCUGGGGCCUAUACUAGCCCGGGUACACCCGAGUACAGUGGUAGCAAUGUGGGAGAAAUACCAAAGACAUGGAGUUCAGAGCGAGUACCAUUGCCAACAAGUGGUAACCGGAGGCGUGUCAGUGCUUCUGCUUUGAUGCCUUUUAAUAGUGGAAAGGCUUUACCUUCGAAAUGGGAUGAUGCUGAGAGAUGGAUAACUAGCCCAGUUUCAGUUUAUGGUGGUGGCUUCAAGACUUCAGUUGCUCAGCCUCAGAGACGGCCCAAGUCGAAAAGUGGACCAUUGGGGCAAUCGGGGCUUGUUUACUUGCCCAACUAUUCGCCCACGGGGCCUGUGCAUGAUGGUGGGAACAUGAGGAAUUUCAUGGCAAAUUCACCUCUUACUACCGGAGUGUUGGUCCCGGAGGGUCUAUCUGUUCAUUAUGAAGCUGGAGUUGCUGCAAAAUCUGAUUCUUUAUAUACUGAAAAGAACAUAAAGCGGAGUACUAGUGUGCCUGGCUUGUCGGAUUUGCUGAGCGAGUCUUCUGUCCCGAGUUCUGAAGAUGAUAAGUUUGAUGGAGCCAGAGAAGAAGAAGUCCUGGUCUCGUGCAGGGAUAUGGCUACUCAAAUGAGCCCUGAAGGGAGCACUCAUUCGUCUUCAAAAGGGAGGUUAUCAUUUUCUACUUUACCUUCCUCAGUUCCCGCCUCAUUGAGCCAGCAUCUAAAUCCUGCUCCAAAAGAUGAAGUCAGAGAUGUCCAAGUAGACAAAGGCACCACCACCGCUCGGCAGUCAAGAAAACAAGGAAAGACAAACUCCAAGAAUGUUGAAGAAUUACCUUCAGCUUGGGAUGUUGCUGGCACUGGCGCAUCAGAGAACAUGUCAAAGUUGCAAAGAGAGGAAGCGAAGAUCACUGCUUGGGAGAACUUGCAGAAGGCUAAAGCUGAGGCAGCUAUUCGAAAACUUGAGAUGAAACUGGAAAAGAAGAGAUCUGCCUCCAUGGACAAGAUAACAAACAAGCUCAGAGCUGCCCAGAUGAAAGCAGAAGCCAUGAGAAACCUGCUGUCGGACCGAGCUCCUACAGCCUCUCACAAGGGGAUUUCAUUCUGUACAUAUGUCAAGAUUUGUUCUCUCUCCAGUUGUUUUACCUGCAACAAGACUUAGUUCCUAGAAUAAAAUAUUUUUCUGCCUCGCUA